GCUUAAAUUGAAAUGCUUUCAUUUUUACUUUCCCUCUUUGUCUCUCUCUAGCACUCAGAUCCAUUUCACAGUGGCCAUUGAUUUCACUGCAUCCAAUGGGAACCCUUCUCAGUCUACCUCCCUGCAUUACAUGAACCCCUAUCAGAUGAAUGCAUACGCCAUGGCGUUGAAGGCCGUGGGCGAGAUCAUUCAGGACUAUGACAGCGAUAAGAUGUUUCCUGCAUUGGGCUUUGGAGCCAAGCUUCCUCCUGAUGGCCGGGUUUCCCAUGAAUUCCCCCUGAAUGGUAAUGUAGAUAACCCAUACUGCAAUGGGAUGGAGGGCAUUCUAGAGGCCUACCACGAGAGUUUGAAGACUGUCCAGCUCUAUGGACCCACCAAUUUUGCUCCUGUCAUCAACCAUGUAGCAAGGUAUGCUGCAGCAGUUCAAGACGGCUCGCAGUACUUUGUGCUUCUCAUCAUCACAGACGGUGUGAUAUCAGAUAUGGCUCAGACUAAAGAAGCCAUCGUCAAUGCGGCAAAACUACCUAUGUCCAUCAUUAUUGUUGGAGUUGGACAAGCUGAAUUUGAUGCCAUGGUAGAACUGGAUGGCGACGAUGUAAGAAUAUCCUCCAGAGGAAAGCUGGCAGAGAGGGAUAUUGUACAGUUCGUUCCAUUCAGAGACUACAUGGACAGGACGGGAAACCAUGUCCUGAGCAUGGCACGGCUUGCCAAGGAUGUCCUGGCUGAGAUCCCGGAUCAGUUAAUCUUAUAUAUGAAGUCAAGGAGCAUCAAGCCCAACCAGACACCACCAGACUACAGCCCACCUGGGCUCAGCCCAACCCCCACCGUAUGAGUUUAUCCAGCCUGCUGAAAGAAAACAGGCGAUGUUAUGUCACCACCAAUUUGGAUCUCAUUCAAAGCCAGUACAACUGAUUCAGUGUGAGGCAUCUAGGAAAGCGGAUGGUUUCAAUUCCCAGUUUUUGGAUCUAAUACACUGGAGAAAUUGAAAACUGUAUGUGUGUUCUGGAGAUUGAACUGUAAAAGACGGCUCUUAUUGGUUUGUGAGUUUGUUUCCCCAAUCAUAAUUUUUUUACAAAUUAGCCAACACUAUGAAAAUCUAUAAGAUCUGCGCAUCUGCGUUUUCUGUUUAGAGGUUUACUUGUGAAAAUGUAAGAGGCUGUUUGAAUAUUAUACCCUGAAUGGGUGAUUUGUUUAGUGAAAUUGUUUGAUUUGUUUCUAGAAUUUGUAGAAAAGUCUUUUUAGUACGAAGGAAUAUUUCCCAUUGUGAUUUCCCAUUCAUAGCUUUUUAGAGCUAUGAUAAACAAGAUUUUCUAUUCUUAUGCAUGAAAUCCAGGUAAAAUCACUUGUACAUUGCAUUAAUACAUUGUAUUUAAUGUAUUUACAUACUUUAGAUGAAAUUAGUUAAGAAAAUCCAGUGUUAAAGUGAAAAGCACAAAUAUUUUCUUAAAGCUGUAAAAUUUGUAAAUGUUAACAAGAGGUCACAGAUUCAGAUUCAGAUUCAUUACACUGUAAACAGACUGAAAUUUCAUGCACAAUCAGCUCUCAAGAACACCAAAUUUACUUUCCAGCAGUUUAAUUUGUCCCUCCAGUUCCUUGCUCUGGAGCCGCUAUAUCUUGAUAUUGUACAGCAACUCCUUAGACACGUGAGUUAUCAGGGGAAUCAUGAGAGAUUCCUCGCCACUCGCUGCUGAAGAUGAUUGGGGAUGAGGCAGUGUCUGCUGUUUUUCUUAUAGCACAGUCUGACUCACCUGCAGCUGCCCGUGUCCAGCUUUAACCUUUGCCCUCUCAUUCCCGGGAUUCUCCCUGGAGUUUAAAUCACUUUUCUAUUCGUCACCAUGGCAGCAAUUAUUUUACUGGUUUCAAAAGAUGAAAGACACAUUGCAUGCAGCUGAAAUUGCAUUACAUACAGUAAAAAUAUAAUGCCAUUUUGUUAAAAUGUUCUACCUUUGAAUCUUUUAUAGCAUUGGCAUACUGACAGAAUAAGUACUGAACACAAGUAAUUUAAUAAACUUGCCUUACAUACAGUAAGUUUACAUUAAAGGUUGACAGCAAGCAUAAAUUAAAAACAGUAUUUUACUGUAUAUGCAGUAUUAUUACGUACUAAGGAAGUGCAUAUUCAUUUCUUUUCUAAUUUUACAACCUUAAAAAGCUUAAAACAUUCAGUUAAAUCUCAUAAUCUUAUAAACUAUAAGAUUUACUCAUUUAGCAUACACAGCCUUGUAUACAGCUUCUUUUGUUUGAGGUCCAUUUUGAAAAUGAAUAAUAAUCACUAUUCUCAGACAAAUCUGUACGUAUCAGUAAAUACUGACUGUCUUGCUUUUUUUGGACAACAGGGCCGUUUAUACUUGUUCUUACCCACAGUUUUGAUACAUUUUCUCCUUGUCCAGUAAAUGUUGACAUCUCUGCUUGUUUGUCCCAAGUUGUACCAGUGUUUUGGUUUUACAACAUCUAUCUGUUAAUAUAAUUCAGAUUAUGAACUGUGAAGAUUAUCUGCAGUUUUAUUUUUAAAUCUCCACUGGUCCUCAAACUACACAUUUGUAAGUGAGCACAGAUGUUUACAAGAUGUGAAUGCCUCCUUUUUAACCCACUUUUACAACAUGAAUGAGAAUGUUCUUUCACAAUGAUUGUUCAAAUUAGAAAAUCUGCUCCCAGAUUACAAGACAAUGUGUUUAAACACCUUUCUUUUACUGUGAGUUAUCAGCACACCUGGAGUUGCUGAGAAUGAAGUGAUCCUUCAGUCCAUUAGGAGGUGAAGAUCAAGCCUGUAAAGGGAUCAUUGGGUGAAAGGGUCUGUUUGAGAGUGUUAACAGGUGGAUUGAUUUUGAAGGCUUAUUUACUCUUCACUGGAUAUUGUUAAUGGAAAACUAGUAGAUAAUAGUCCUUUUACUGUUAAGAAGAACAUUAUUUUUCAUGUGACUUUUUUUGUUUUGUUUUUCCCAAGGGGCUUUCUAUUGUAGUCUGUUUCUCAAAUGUAAACCUGGAAUUUAUACUUAAAUGUAACCUUUUUUAAUCCUAUUUAAUAUUUAUGAAUGCAUUGCUGCUAGGUGGCUUGUAAAUCCGAAGAACAAAUUACAAGCAUCCUGAAACACAUGUAUAUCAUGCUUCAGAGAAUGUUAAUGGGUUCAUUGUAUGGCAUGGUGUAAAUUUAGCAAAUAGAGUUUUUUCGCCCCACUAUAAUAAAGGCAGUAAGUUAUAUAGUAGUGCACAAAACCAUUGCAAAGAGGUAAUAGUAGAAAAAGUGUAAAUUAUGUGUUAAAGAUAUGGCCCUUGUCCAGUGCCAGCAUUCCCUCUGUGAGAUAUGCAUAUUGUGCCAAAAUGGCAGACUGGUUCAGUGACAAACUGGCUUAUUGAUCUGUGUUUAGCCUCUGCUGCUAUACUCGCCUCAUAACUGAAAUACAGAGCAUGCACAUCCCAUCCUUGCUGGAUUCCUUUUCCUUCUCUCUUUUUCUCUUCUUCUUCGCCUCUUUUUAUCACAGUCGAUAUGCAUGGUGAGCUAUUUCCAAAACCGAACAUAGAACAUUGCUGUUGUCAUUCCUGUGGUCUGUGAAAUUGGUAACGAUUGCCUUAAAAAUUGAAAUUAAUAAAACAAUG